UUCCGAGUCGUAAAUGUUCACAGACGGUUUUUGCAAUUGGAAGUAUGUUUAAAUGAAUAAAGUGCAAUAUUGAAACGUUUACAUUAUGUAUUGUUUUGUUUGUGAUUUCCGACAAUUUUAAUUAUUUAACCAUUGUUUUAAGUAAGAAAUUUGAAAAAACUUCAUGUGCUUAAGUUGAAAAGCUUCGUUAGUGCUGCUAUUUUUGGAGAUACGUUGUGCCGGUGGUUCACGGUUAGAAGUUCAUAUGUUUUACUUACAAAUGGGAGGUAAAUAAGUUUAGUAUAAGGUGCAAAAUAUAAGCGCCACAAUAAUUGAAUCACUACUUGAGUACAUAGUGUUUAGAGCAGUGACUAUCAUGACAGACACAAGACGAAGAGUGAAAUUAUACGCUCUGAACGCUGACAGACAGUGGGAUGAUCGAGGAACCGGGCAUGUUUCUUCUUGUUAUGUUGAAAGGUUGAAAGGAACCUCACUCAUGGUUAGAGCCGAAUCUGACGGCUCCCUGUUAUUAGAAAGUAAGAUACAACCUGAUACAGCCUAUCAAAAGCAACAGGACACAUUAAUAGUGUGGUCAGAAGGUGACAAUUUUGAUUUAGCAUUAAGUUUUCAAGAAAAAGCUGGCUGCGAUGAAAUAUGGGAAAAGAUUUGUCAGGUACAAGGAAAAGACCCAUCAGUUGAAAUCACUCAAGAUAUUGUGGAAGAAUCAGAAGAUGAACGUUUUGAUGAUAUAUCAGAUAGUGUGCAGCCUGUGGAACUGCCUGCAUGUGAAAUGGGACGCUUGGAGGAUAUUAGUGAACUUGUAAACAGUUGUUUGGUCUCACCAGUACGUAAAGAUAAGUUAACAGCUGCACUAGAGAGCCAACACUAUAUAAAGAAAUUGUUGAAUCUCUUCCAUAUGUGUGAGGAUAUUGAAAAUAUUGAAGGGCUGCACCAUCUAUAUGAAAUCUUUAAAAGUAUAUUUCUUCUUAAUAAAAACACACUUUUUGAAACUAUGUUUGCUGAUGACACAAUAUUUGAUGUUGUCGGCUGCUUAGAAUAUGAUCCCAGUUUGCCUCAGCCCAAAAAACACCGAGAGUAUCUUAGAGAAUUAGCAAAAUUUCGAGAGGCAAUUCCUAUAAAGAAUAAGGAUUUAUUAGCUAAAAUACAUCAAACAUACAGAGUUCAGUACAUACAAGAUAUAGUCUUACCUACACCUACAGUUUUUGAGGAUAAUCUUUUAAGUACAUUGUCAAGUUUUAUAUUUUUCAAUAAAGUAGAGAUAGUGAAACUCAUAGAAGAUGAUGAAAAAUUUUUGACUGAUUUAUUCAAGUUAUUGAUGGAUGACAAAACACCUGAUAUCAAAAGAAGGGAUUCUGUUUUAUUUCUGAAAGAGUUCUGUAAUUUUUCCCAAAAUUUACAACCUCAAGAUAAAGAUGCCUUUUAUAAAACUUUAGUCACUUUGGGUAUCCUGCCAGCAUUAGAAAUCACACUAAGUAUAGAUGAUCAGAAGACAAAGACUGCUUCAAUAGACAUAUUAACAUAUAUUGUGGAAUUCUCACCUUCAGUUGUAAGAGAUUAUACAUUACAACAUGCUAAUAAUACUGAAGAGGAGCAUAUGCUGUUAAACAUAGUUAUAGAACAGAUGUUACAAGAUCGUGAUCCAGAGCUGGGUGGAGCUGUUCAAUUGAUGGGUGUUUUGCGUAUUUUGCUUGAUCCAGAAAGUAUGCUUGCAUCUGUUAACAAAAGUGAAAAAGCAGACUUCCUAAAUUUCUUUUAUAAACACAGUAUACAAACCUUGAUUGCUCCUUUACUAGAUAAUACUACUGGUGAGAAGCCUCUAAAAGAAGAUUAUCACACAGUGCAGCUUUUAGGACUUGUACUAGAAUUACUUUCGUUCUGCGUAGAACAUCACACAUACCAUAUCAAAACCUGCAUAUUAAAUAAGGACCUUCUCCGACGCAUCUUAGUGCUGAUGAGGUCGACACACACAUUUUUGGUGCUUGGUGCCUUGAGAUUUAUGAGAAAAAUAAUUGCAUUGAAAGAUGAAUAUUAUAACAGAUACAUAAUAAAAGGAAACCUCUUUGCGCCAGUUAUAGAUGCUUUCCUCAGGAAUAAUGGCAGGUACAACUUGCUUGAUUCCGCAAUAUUAGAAUUAUUUGAAUUUAUAAAACUGGAGGACAUCAAAUCAUUAUGUUCGCAUGUUGUGGAGAAUUAUGGAAAAAUAUUAGAAGAUAUUGAAUAUGUGCAGACUUUCAAAGCUUUAAAAACACGAUAUGAUCAACAUCAAGACAAAUUAAAAGAAAGAGAAAGAGUGAGCGGUAGUGUGGGCGUGACGGAAGCGGUUGUCCCAUCGCUACUGCGCACGCGGUAUCGCCGAGAAGCACGGGCGCCGGACGAAGAAGAAGAGAUGUGGUUCAACGAUGAUGAUGAACUAGAAGACGAAGCGCCGCUAGAGUCGGCACAACCGCACGCCCAUCCACAUGCGCACACGCAUCACGGACUAGAUGCGAUCGGAAAAAUAGUUGAGAAGAAAGUUUGCUCUAAUGCAGAGACAGUUAACGGACCGACUAGAGUUCUUCUAAGUACAGCGACGUCACCCAAACCGACGCAUGCUGAUGUUCAGGUAUCCACGCCCAGAUUACUCAAUAAGGGCCUUGUUGACUACGACGGCGAUUCGGACGAGGAAGAGGACGGCGGCGGGGGCGGGGGUGGAGGCGGGGGUGGCGAGGAGCGUGACGCGAAACGACCGCGGCUCUCGUAGUCUCGUUCUCGCAGCACCACUGUUUCAAGGAAUAUAACAUACGGACAUACGUCUCGCGACGCUGUGCAACCACCAUCCCAGUUUAAAUUAAUGACGUAAGCAAUUUACGAAUAUAAUAAUGAUAUGGUUGUUUUGACUGUAUGAGUUUAUAGAUGAUAAUGUCAUUUCGACUGAUGCUUGAUUUGUUUGAGGGCUACAAAAAAAAAAGGCACGGUUUUGUAUACUGUUAUGUGAAUUAUUAAACUUGAAUGUUGACUAAAAAAAUAAUUAGCUGAUUCACAGACGUAACGCUUUUUUUUAUAUCAUUUCAUUUUAAGGCCGUUUAUCUGGCCAGCCAAUCAUCUGCAGUCAAACCAACUAAAAAAAUGAGGUGAUCCAAUUGGAUAUACAUAUGUUGUAAAUACGAAUCACAUACUGAAGUGGUCGACUUAGUGUAUGCCCUUUAUGCCCCUGUAGAGUUAAUUCUAAUGACAUCAGAACGUAGAACAAAUGUAAUGAGAUGUAUUUAAUAUGAAGUAAUGUUAAUGGUUAGAUUACUUUCGUGGGCGUUAAUCACAAAAAGUACAAAGAGUAUAAGAAUGGGGUUUUCUAAUUAAAAAAAUAGAUUGAUUUAGAAAAAAUAAAUAUUGUCAAAAAUGACUUGAAAUUGUAAAAAUGUAUUUAUAAAAAUCAUUUAGUUUAUGAACGAUCACAAGACCAAUUUCUAGAAAGAAAAUAACAUGUGCUGUGGAAUUGCUAUUCAUUCACUAGUGUGUUAUUGUGUUAUAAAAAUACACACAAUUGCUGCCUUAUUUCCUUAUGUAUUUUAAAUAUACUUUAUGGACGAAUUUUUCAACUUGUAGAACGAGUUAAAUGGAAAACAAAACAUUAUCAUUUUUAUAGUUUGUGUGAGGAGGAAGGUAGCAUAAUAUUUUAUUUGUAUACUUUUAUCUGCAAGUGGGGAAACAAUAUAUGCCUCUUUUCGACGGCAUGCUUAUUAUUUAUUUAUUUAUUCACACAGUACUUUGCAUUCCUUGACUCUGAGCUUUUGUGAAACGAUUUUAUAUGCAUUCUAAUUCUUCUGACAUUUUCUUUGUAGUUUAUGUAAUAUAGUAUUUUGUUGCGAGUAAAAAAUUUUGAUUGAAUUUGGUGUUUUGCUAAAUUGAAUGGAGUAUUAAGCAACCUAAAUUUGCUUGGCAGCUCAAGAAAGAACUGUACUAAUAUAGUAUAAAUACGUUUCGUCAAAUUAAUAUUACUUAAUAUUUUACGCAAUAUGCUGCUUAUGCAUGACAUUCUUAACAUUACUUAUUAUAUGUAGCUUAUAUAACAAAAAUGUCUAAAAUAUAUAGGUACCGUGACUGGAAAUGAGACCGCUUAUGGAACUUUAAUCUGACCUAUUUUUCAAUUAAGCCAAUAUGUUUACUAUUUUAUUAAACUUUGUCCAUGUAUGUGUAAUAUUAGUGAAAGUCUAUUGGUUGGAAUUUUAUUUCAAGCUGAACCCAGCUGGUUGUUGUUUGAGUGCUUAUUGAUUAUUGAUACCCGGAAUAAACCCGUUUCCGUCCUAAUGCUGUAAUUUAAAAGCAAUUUUUUUUUUCUCAAAGAAACAAUAUAAUAAUAUUAUUAUGUAGUGAGAAAUUUAUGAAGAAUUUGAAAUUGAACUGCAUAUUGAUAACAAAACUGAAAACGUAACUUGAAAACUAAUUUCUCCUUUUCUGAAACUAGCUACUUCAAUAUGACUAUAGCUACUUCAAUAUGACUAACAUAAAAAUGAAAAGAAAUUUUAAAAUAUUUGAAAUGUACUUAAAUUUGACUAAAAAAUACGGGUCCUGCUAAAUUAAAAUCUAUUAAAUAUACAAUAGUAUCAGCAUUUCGAAAAAAAAAAUGUCAAUUGGAAAAUAAAUAUUAGAUUCAUAAAUGUGUUCAGUUAUAACAUAUUGCUAUUUAAGUUUUCUCAAAAUAAUUGUUUUUUUUUUUGCCGAAUAUAUUAUAAAGUAUCACCAAAUUCAAAAUUCAAUUAUUUACUCACAACAAAUUUUCAUUGCUUAUUUAUAUUAUAGAUAUUAAUUAUAUAUAUAAACAUAUUUAGUUUGCAGAAGUAAUGUGUAUGUGAUAAAAAUAUCUGACUAAGAUUCAUUUUUAUUUUAUUACUGUGUAAACGUGUAGAUUUAUCAUUUUAUAUUUUGUAAAUAAUGUUAGUUUUGUAUAAAUAAAAUGGUUGACUCGGUAAGAACAAGAAUGUUUUAGCUGUCUCUUAGAUUUCGAUUUCUGUUUGUAUGUUAAAAAACACAAAGACUUGACUGGAUGGGAAUGAUUUCGUAUUGGUGGAUAUAUUAUGUGUUUUAAUUAUUAAAUGGUUUCCAAUAUACUCAAUAUUACGAAACAGUAAAAGCCUUUAAAUCGUUUUUAUUCACUCAAGUCUUUAUCUUUUAUGCUUCUACAGAGGAAUGACUGCAACAACUGUGUAUGACAUUGUAGGUUUUAUCAUAGGUUUUCUCUCGCACAUCACAGACUCUUGUUGUCUUAGAAAUUGUAAGUAUUAGGGGUCACGAAAUAAAACCUAAUGAUUCUUCCUGAACGAACAAUGGACGUGAGUGAUUUAUUUAUUUAUAUUUAAUUCAAUUAGUUCAUUCUUAUAAGCUGUUCAAGACAGGUCUACAAUUUUUUUCGUUAAUACCUAUUAUGUGGUUA